AUGACCUCUGGAGAAGGGAAGAUUGGAAGCACGGGUUGCUCCCUCAACAAUUUGCCUCGAACUGGAAUGAUGAUGCUAGGAAAUGGUGUUGCUGAACAAAACUACCCAAAAGCAUUAUUGUUGUUGGAAAUCUUGCUCAAUCACAGGGGCCCUCUGCCAAUCCAUGCUCUAUAUGUGGCCUCUUUUGCCCAUAUGAAUGGAGUGCACGAUCCAUACGCGUUUUCCGUACCGAUCAACAGUGCCUCUUUGGCUGAGUUUAUUGAAUUCCUGCAAAUGUUCCCUUCUCUGUUUGUUAUUGCCGGAAAUUAUGUUUACCCGGCGGGUACUCUUGAUGUCGACCAAAGUCCCGUUUGGGUAAACUCAAAAUAUGCAGGAAUGGAUUCUUUUUGUCCGUGUCUAAAUCCUUCUAUCCUUGAUCCACCAUCACAAAUAUCACUGCUUUCUGAUCCGAUUCUUCGCCAAAACACCGUAGCGUUCUUGCAGAAUUACUUACUGUCGUGUGGGCCACAUCGCUUUGUCCCAAUUCAGAGACUAAUGGACUGUCUUUCUUAUGUCACACCUAUUACCCGCGCCUUAUUCCCUAACAUUAAGUCCCUGUCUUCCUUUCUUCGUCAAUACCCUGAAGUCUUUCAUCUCAAGGAUGGUUCGGUUGGUCUGUCAAAAUCAAGGCGUAAUUCACAUCAUAAACACCAGAAUGAGGAUCGAGGAAAUUAUGCUGGUAUCUCGCCAAACGAUCAAGGUGUACUCCCGAAUGGAAUUUUAAAAGUUGAAGUACUCCUCUCUUCUUCGACAGAUUUUGCAAACGCAACGUCCUGCAUACUGCCGGCAUCGGAAUUCUCGGUUAUCCUUGUGCUUCGACGAAUCCUUCGGCCCGCAUUCAGCAACGGCCUGCACGUAGCAUUAGUAAUAAAGGAGUUGAUUGCCUUUCCAUAUGAUAUGAAGAAAAUAAUUGGUCUGACCCGAUUCGAAUUAUACGCUUUUCUCGACAAAUACAAACAAUUCUUCGAUAUUCUCUGUCCAUCCACUGAGGAUCAAUUCACCGGCGAAGCGGAAGCAGAAAAUGGAAAAACGCAUCGUCGUAUACCUACCAGCUUUUGUGUUCGGAUCAAUGCGAAUGCUUGGAACAUGCAGUCUCGUCUUCUUGAUUCUCGUCCCGAGUUGCCAAACAGCAAAGACCCCUCGCGUCUAAGUCAACAUGUUGGCCGCGUUUUCCGCGUUGCAAAGUCGUGGGGUAUAAUUGACCUUGGGAACCACGUACACGUGUUCUUCGACAAAUCAAUAUUUCGUAACGUGUUCGAUUUGCAAAAGGUUUUUCAGCCUAAUGAACUGGUGUAUUUUGACGCAAUUCGCGCUCCGUUGCGAUCCAGGGCCAAGUGGCGCGCGACUCGCGUCUGGAAGCCGGAUGACCACGACAUCCUGCAGCAUGUGCAGUCACCUAAACAGACCAGCGAGGACGAUGAUGUGACCGUCACCUGCCUGCCCUUUUUACUACCCUCAAGUGGUCGUGGUCGCAGGGCGUCUAGUGGCUACAAAACCAGUGUUGAAUCAAUGCCCACCGUGAUGCAUUACUCCUCUUCCUCCACGUCUAGACCCAAAGUAGGCACCAGGCUGAGGCGUUGUCGCUCCCUAGAGCGGUUCUCAUCUGCACUUUCAACUGCAGCAGUCAGUGCUCGCGCCGGAAAGCAGCCAGAUUUUGACCAGUUCAGCGCUCGCACUGACACUAUCUACUUAAGCGACGAGGAGGAUGAGGACGCCUUCCACUUUGACGAUCUGAAGAUGUCCAAUGCAGCCAGCGACCUGAAUGACUUUUUGACUCGCCGCCUCUUUGGCACCGCUAGCAGUAAUGGGACCUCACCGGCCAGGCGGCCUGGCAGUGUACGUGGUUUCAUCUCUAUCGACGAGGACGAAUUGCUGGCUUAUGACUCCCUCAAACGACCUAUAAAACUACUGCACAACACCGGCGGUCUGUUGGCGGACCUUGAAUUCCCUGACUCGGACAUUAGCUGGACGCCGGACAGCUUGUCCAUUGCUCGCGCUCUGGUAUUCAGGGUUUUGGCAACCACUAUAGGCUCAUCUGUCGAACAACGUGCUUUACCGCCGAUAGGUACGCCGCCUGUUCACCGUCUGGCCAGCCUGCGUGACUGA